GUAGCUCGGGUGAGCUUCUUGGUUGUUGGUCUGUUCGCCGUGCUUGGCAGUUGGAUUGUAAACAUUUCAUCACCGAUCGUCAAUGCAGGGUUCAGUGACCCACUUAACCCUGCACUGAUGAUGUCACCUCGCUUGGUGAUGAAACGUUUGCAAUCCAAAUGCCGAGCUCAGCGAGCAGAUCAACAAUCAAAGAUCGUAGAGAGGUUUCAACAGGUUCCGGAUCGAAAACGGAUCGAGUCAAGGAAAAACAGUCAGAAACAGACUAUUCCACAGAGACGGAUAGCAACUGACGAAAUACCAACUCCUUGUGUAGCUCGGGUGAGCUUCUUGGUUGUUGGUCUGUUCGCCGUGCUUGGCAGUUGGAUUGUAAACAUUUCAUCACCGAUCGUCAAUGCAGGGUUCAGUGACCCACUUAACCCUGCACUGAUGAUGUCACCUCGCUUGGUGAUGAAACGUUUGCAAUCCAAAUGCCGAGCUCAGCGAGCAGAUCAACAAUCAAAGAUCGUAGAGAGGUUUCAACAGGUUCCGGAUCGAAAACGGAUCGAGUCAAGGAAAAACAGUCAGAAACAGACUAUUCCACAGAGACGGAUAGCAACUGACGAAAUACCAACUCCUUGUCGCUUCACUGUAAAUUGUAAAGAAAAGAAUGAGAGUGGACAAAGAAGCGGCUUAGUGCUAACCCACCACAAUCCUUCCAAAAUGCGUACACGUUCAGACCAUCUGGAUAUAGAGUGA